UGAAAUCAAAACAUUCUUCACAAAUAAAUCCACCCGCGGUCGUACGGUUGCCCUUUUUUCUGCUUCGUCUCCGAAAAUACUUGCCCCUUCAAGAUGACUUCGCCGUUGGAAAACCUGGAAAAUCAUCUGGAAAUGUUCAUCGAGAACGUGCGCCAGAUCCGCAUCAUCGUGAGCGACUUCCAGCCCCAGGGCCAGAAUGUGCUGAACCAGAAGAUACAGUCGCUCGUGACCGGGCUGCAGGAGAUCGACAAGCUGAAGAACCAGAUCGACGUGAACGUGCCGCUGGAGGUGUUCGACUACAUCGACCAGGGGCGCAAUCCGCAGCUCUACACGAAGGACUGCAUCGAUAAGGCGCUCACGAAGAACGAGGAAGUGAAGGGCAAGAUUGACUCGUACCGCAAGUUCAAGAGCAACCUGAUGAAGGAGCUGAGCGAAACGUUCCCGGUGGAGAUCAGCAAGUACAAGGCAAUUCGGGGCGACGAAUAGUAGUAGCACUCGGUUUGAGAGACGGUUGGACAGUGCGUUCCGACGUCAAGGAGUGAUGAAAGUGUGUGGGAUGUAUGUCUGUAUGUGUGUGUCUGUGGUGGCAACCCCGCUUGGUGUACUAGACGGCACAGCGGGAGGAGAAAAAAUGGCUGGUAGCUGGUAUCGUAACAAACGAACUAUCUUAGGAUGUAACUGUUUAUAUUAAUACACGCGCGUAACUUACUAUGUACAACAAAAUAAAGUUUUUCUAAAAGCUUA